AUGUCUUCUGCAGCCGUCUUCCGCAACUCUGCCGUGCGCUCUGCUCUUAGAGCCAGCGCUCCCUCGGCCACCAAGCGUGCAGCCAUUGCCAGCACAACCUUUACCCGCGGCAAGGCCACUCUUCCCGACCUUCCCUACGACUAUGGCGCCCUCGAGCCCGCCAUCAGCGGCCAGAUCAUGGAGCUUCACCACUCCAAGCACCACAACACCUACGUGACCUCGUUCAACACGGCCUCCGAGAAGAUGGAGGAGGCUCGCGCAAAGAACGACAUCCAGACCCAGAUUGCUACCCAGCCUCUGAUCAACUUCCACGGCGGCGCCCUCUCCAAGGCCAUCGACUCCCACUACGGUAGCCUCGAUGCCAUGAAGCAAAAGUUCAACGCCGCUCUGGCCGGUAUUCAGGGCUCUGGCUGGGCUUGGCUGGUCCAAGACACCCAGACUGGUGCCAUCCAGAUCAGAACCUACGCAAACCAGGACCCCGUCGUUGGCCAGUUCAGACCCAUCCUCGGCGUCGACGCUUGGGAGCACGCCUACUACCUCCAGUACCAGAACAAGAAGGCCGAGUACUUCAACGCCAUCUGGGAUGUUAUCAACUGGAAGGCCGCCGAGAAGCGCUUCCAGUAG